AUGACUAACGCAGACCGGUCAUUACUACAUGGUGACAAGCAGUCCGAAGCGACACCCAUGACCAAGUUGUAUCUGCGUUCUAUAGCAUGGCUUUUCACAGGCGUCGUGGAUGGGAUAAUGAACACAAAGCAGUCCUGGCUGCAAGACUAUGAUAGCCUGCAAGAUGAUGCCGAAAAACAACCAGGCGGCCGGGGGCGCACGGAGCCCCGGGAGCCCGCAGACGGGCAGAUGCUGCUGCGCCUGGUCGUGGAGCUCGUCCAGGAGCUCAGGAAACACCACGCCGGGGAGCCCAAGAGACUGCAGCUCCUCGCCGGGCGGGCCGCCGACCCCGGGGCGUCCGCGGAGGAGCAGAGAGUGGAAAUUGUUCCUCGAGAUCUAAGGAUGAAAGACAAGUUCUUAAAACACCUCACAGGUCCUCUCUCUUUCGGUCCCAAGUGCAGCAAGCACUUCCACAGGCUGUACCACAACACGAGAGACUGCACCGUUCCCGCACAUUAUAAGAGGUGUGCCCGGCUUCUCACCCGGCUGGCUGUCAGUCCCAUGUGCAUGGAGGGGUGAGUGGGCAGAGCUGUGAAGCACACACACACCAGGAACCAGAGAAGUGCCUUGGAAACCGCAGGGGACGGACCAGGAUCUUUAUACACACUCCCUGUGAGCAAGAGAUUUAUUUUUGCACAGAUAAACUCUUCCAUAACCCUUUUGCGUUUCCUAUGUUGUUGACACUGUUUGCAGAUACACUGGUGAAUCGAUGUACCUGACAGUGACACUUGACGCUCAGUAUUUAAAAAAACCCAGGAGAACGUUCCACAUUCGAUGUGCAGAGCUGUAAAUGACGACAGUGACAUUUCCUUUUCCUGAUUAGGUGAAAUCAGAGUAUUUCUUUAGAGACACAGAAUCUUAAACUAUAUUUUCAUAUAGCAUACAGUAUGAUUUGAUAUUUUUUAUUAUUUUUACAAUUCAGUUCCCAAAACAUUAUUUGUAAUCGCAUGGAAAAAAAAACAAAACACCUUAGGUCAUGUUUUAGAGACAGUGGAGUGUGUAAAUCUGAACAAAACAGGCUCAUUCCGCUUUGUAUGAUAAAUGUAAAUAGUAUCCUACCUAUGGUGCAAAUGUAAAUCCUGUAAAUAAACACACAAAAAAUAAAUGAAGUGUUUGUUAUAAUGAACAGCCUUCGAAGUGGCUCCUUACCACUCCAGUUCCUCACUGCACACCCAGGACUCGCAGACCUUCCGAGGAAGCCUUGCACUGGCAGAGUAUCUCGGGGCCUAGUGGCAUGACUGGAUGAGCCUGAAGGCUAAGAAUUUCUAAAAGGAACAAACUAACCCUUUUUAAAAGUAGAGGCUACUAUAUAUUGGUGACAUAACUUCUUCAGGCCUGUCCUGACUGGGUAAGGGUGCCAAGCAACAUUGUACCCAGUAUUCCCCACAGGACUUUGUAACCCUGGAAACAGGAGACUAGUAAGAGGGACCCAAGACGUCUAAGCAGUCUGGGUUUACAGGUAGCUCUAUUCUACCAGCAAAUCUGAACUGGAUCAGACCCAAAGGGUGAGCCAGGUGGAGAGCAGGAUGUCCCUGUGCGUGUGGCGCCCUCAGCAGGCAAGGUCUAGAAACAGCGCGAUAGAGAAGCAGCCCUCGGGCCAGCCCUGUGUUUGAGGUGGAUGUGCAAGGUACAUAGACACACCAGAAAGAAAAACGAUCCGAUCGCAUUCAUGAAACUAACGAACAGUAAGGCAGGCCCCUCCCCCGGAUGGCAGAGCAAGGCUGAGGCGGGCGCUCCUGGGCCUUGUCCCCUUCCCCGGGUCUCUGCCCUCAGGGAGGCUGUCACCGAGCUCUGCGGCAGCCUAACAGCUCCUUCAAGAGCCAAAUGCUCAGGUGCGCAUGAGCAGAUGCCUCAGCCCUGCCUGACCUAGGCCUUCCCUGCACACACGCCCGAGCAGGUGUGCACGCCGCAUUCACCCCUCCAAAUUUCCGCUGGCACGGCAGUACGUGCAGCCCCCGGGGGGUCAGAACUCACUUCUAAUAAAGGCUCUCUCAGGACUUGAAGUCCCCGACCGUACAUGGAGGGUCCAGACAGGAGAGCAAGCUGUCAUUCCCGGCUGGGCUACACAGUAGGCUGCUAGGGCUGCUCUCAGGCCAGGCCCUGUCGUGGCUGGUUUUCAUCAUUUACACCCUAAUACUGAAGACACGUGUGCACAUACAGCAUCACGGAUGUUUGAGAGCGAGAAGAGGCAGUGUUUUCAAAUGCUGCUUGUCAGUAAAAAGGCAGGCAGACAUCAGAUUUAUCUGAGUUGUAUUUUUAUAACUCCCCAGUUUAUUCUGAAAACAAUAGUCUCUCAUAUGUACCCAUCGAUUUUGAAAUGCACGCUCUAAGUACACAGGAAUUACCUUAUUUGCCUAUAAACUUAUCAACACUGAUGAGAAUACUCCAACAAAGCGACAUUUAAGCCCCUCGGCCUGAGACCUUUCACAGCUUCCUUCUACCACGGACAUGUGAGUGCUCACAAACCCUUCGACGACCGUCCCGCCUGCCAGGACAGAAGUGGCCCUCGUGGGGAAAGUGCUUCAAGCAGGAGCAAACGCACUGGCCACCUCGCAACAGAAACAAGGCGAACGUGCACCGAGACGCAGAGUGUUCACAAUGAACGGCCUGGGGUUCCAUCCUCCUCCCUCCGGAGCUGUGAUCGACGUGGACGGGCUCCUGUAACCCAAAGGCCUAGGUGUUCAGGGAUAGGAGGUGGCCAGGUGAGUGGCACCUGUCCCGCAGCCACUGCGUGUGCAGCCGGACGGCCCAC